AUGGCCAUGGGUUUAGGAGCUGGAAUGGUCAUUGCACCUGGUCUCGUGGUUGCACCCGCUAUUCAGCAGCCGGGUUUACUACAGAGGGUGUCUCUGCGGGAUCACUUGCUGCUGGUAUCUAGAGCAUAA